CAAUUCGCCUCACUGAAAUGAACGGACCGACCUCUAAAUUAAAAUAUAUAUGCUGCAGAGGAGACCUGAAAAAAGAGAAGAAUGCUUCGUCCUUGGAGAACCUUUCCGCUCAGAUGCCCAUCCUCUGCAACCGCACAUUGCACAUUCUUCUGCUUCGUCGAGAGCCGCAUGGAUGCUAAAGCCAGAACCUUCCCUGGCGAUGGCAAUACCCUUUCGAGCUCCGCCUCUCGCGCGCCUCCGAGGCAAGUCCACGUGAGCGGCGAAGCCGCAGAGGACGGUCCCAUCUCGCUGCAAGAAUGGCGGGGAUGGGGAUGCGUGUCCCCAGUGCCCACCAUGGUCACCGAAGUCAUCGAGGACCUGAAACUCUUGGAGGAAGACGCGGACGCCCCCAUGAGUUUUGGUGGCACUGGUGGUAAACUCCAGGGCGAGUUCAAAGUGGAAGAGGACAAGAAGCACAGAGCAAAAUAUCAGGCUUUAGGUGACUCUGAGAAAAAACUUCAAUUCUUUGCUGCCCGACAAAUAGCAUGCCGUUUGCUUGGAAGCAGGAAUUAUCUUUGCCAAAAGUGCUGGCUUCCUAUGGACGAUUGUAUGUGUUCUAAAGUACUUCCCUGUUCUAUGUGGCAUGGUAUGCGUUUCUGGGUGUAUAUGCAUCCCAAGGACUUUCUGAGACAAAACAACACUGGGAAGUUGCUAUGGCAAUUGUUUGGAGUCGAAGCAGCAACUUUGUGCCUCUUUGGAAUUGCUGAAGACGAAGAGAUCAUGUGGAAUACUUUCAGACUCGCAGGGAAGAGUAAGGUUUGGUGCCUCUAUCCCAAUAAGAGUGCACUGACUGAAUCUGUACAGGAGACAUUCAGCAGGGCAAAAUUCCAGUCACAGAGGGCUUCCAUUGCUGAGAGAAAUGAAGAUGGAAUUUUGAAUUUUGUUCUAAUUGAUGGUACAUGGAGUAAUUCUGCUGCAAUGUUCCGGCGUUUAAAGGAGCAAGCAAAGAUGGUUUGGGGGGAAGACGAUCUUCCUUGUAUAUCUCUCGCUACUGGUGCAUCUGCAAUGCACAAGCUCAGGCCACAGCCUUCAUGGGAUCGCACCUGCACAGCUGCUGCAGCCAUUGGCCUCAUGUCGGAGCUACAAGCGAUAACAGAGUUUAGCUCCUACAGUUUGGAUAAGCAGGCUGAAUCAGUGGAAUAUGCCUUGCAAGUGUUGUUAGAAGCACUCACAGCUCGACGCCUUCGAAUGGGCAGGUCCAUCACCCGUAAAGUGAGGCACACCAUUAAUAUCUGCUAGUAUCCAACUAACAAGUAAUCAUGGAGUAACGGGAGGAAGCUUCAAACUCAUGAGGUAAUCUCAUGUUUGACUCAUGUUUGGAAACUUAAAAGGCAAGGAACAUAGAUUGAACAUGUCUUUUGCAUAUUACUGAAUGAAAUUUUCUUCUGUCCUGAUUGUGGAUCCAUAGGCUGACUACUCAUGUCAGCAUGCUAUAGUCAUGUUUUAGACCAAGUUAUGCCAGGGCCCAGCACUCACAACCAUAUACUUUGUCAAACGUAUGAAAUAGGGAUUUUCUGGAAAAAGCAUGUCGAUUUUGGCUUUAAGAUGUUGUCAUGAGUAAUGUUCUGGUUCUUUGGUUCUAUUUGUACUCUGGAUAGUCUCAUGGUUGUUGUGCUUAAAGCCACCUUCCCUGUUGUCAUGUCGGCCUGAAAGGCCUAAAGGGCUCGUAUUUGUUUGCCAUCCAAUUCAAGCUGUGGUACACCUCUAUUUCAAUUCUU